AUGGAAUAUGCUUCAGAUUCAAGUUUGAGCUUAAACUAUGGAUUUGUCUCCUUUUUCAGUAACUCUAAGUCAAAUAGAAUAAAAGUAUUUGAUUAGAGCUCAGGGCAAGUCAUAUGCAUAGUCACCUUCUUGUGGUGAGAUCUGGUAAUUAAUAUCGUUUUUCAAAAUUAAAUUUUUGCAAAAUGAUAUCAAGCUGAGAACUAUGCAACCUACAGUCCAAUUCGGCAACUGAGUAAACUGGACAAUAGGAAUAAUUAGUUAAUAAGUAAAUUACUAGGAAAAGAGAUUCGAAUUUUCAUCGAAGAAUAUUCCCUAAUUCUCGAGAUAUUCCAGCCUAAAAAUUUUUCUAAAAUCAUCUAUAUUAAAGGCACCGCCCGAAGGGGGGCUUUGGCGUGUUACCUCCUCGAGGCUUAUUUUUUUCCUUAUGUUUUCGAAAACUCUUUAAGUGGUAGUCUCUCAAAAAUUAAGAGAUAUUCUUCUGAAAACUCUAAUUUUUUUUCGAAUAAUUAUUUAUUAAGUAAUAAUUAUUCCUACAGUCCAAUUUAUUAAGUCAAAUGAAAGAAUUUUGCACAAUGUAAACUGGACUGUAUAUUGCGUAAUUCUCAGUUUUUUGCAAAAGUUUAAUUUUGGAAAACAUCAAAUACCAGGUCUCACCACGAGGAAAUGCUGCACACGAGACCCGCCGUGGGCUCUAAUUAAAUGCAAGUCUUCUUCUUAAAGAAUACUGAGUUCUUAUUUUAUCUGGCUCAAGGUUAUAGGAAAAUGUGACAGGUGUUCCAUGUUUUAAGCUCAAACUUAAAUCUGAAGCUUAUUUCAUAGUUUCAUAGUUUCAGUUCAUGACAAUUCAUUAGACAAUUCAUUAUUGACAAUUAUAUUAUUUUCUAUAUUUUUAAUGAUUAUUCGACCAUUAUUUAGCUUGUUUGUAACAAUUAAACUUAAUUUAAGUUUAAUUCUUUCUAGACUCCUCGUCUGGACUUGUAUCAUUUUAUUUACAAUUAGUAUAGUUUUCCAAUUCGUCAGUUGCUUUAGCCAAUGUCAAUUAGCUCAUAGUCAAUGAACAUGUACUUCGUCUGUGCUAUAACGUAAAAUGCGCUAGAAAAUCAGUGAUUUUUUUUUACUGGUCGGUAUGUCAAACUCUGAGAUAGAAAGUCUGAUUUCAUGUCCGAUCUAUUAUUUCAUUAGUCGAUGGUAAAAGUGUAUGUGCAUGUUUUUUCGAGAAAAUAAGCGCUCUCUGUACAGUCCGUAAUGAAGUAUUAUGAAUGUACUGCUAUUGUCAUGUUCAAAAGAAAUUUGUAAUAACGAAAAAGGGUAAACGUUCAAACAGAAAUAGCAACGAUAGUUAGAUAGUUGAAGUAAUAUUCGUGAUGCUUUUUAGAAACAAUUUUGACAAUUAAAAUCAAUUUUUGUGAGUAUGCUUAGAGUAGCUUAUAUGUUAAUAUUAUGUGAAAGGUUAGAAAACACAAUAGUAUAUGACAAAUAGUUAGGUAAAUAAGAAUAAAUCAAAUAUCUAUUAUAAAAAUAAUAAAAUAUAUAGAAUUUAAUAUUGUACUAUAGCAUAUGAUAAAAAUGCAAAAAUUUAUAAUUAAAAUGUAUUAGGUUGUUACGUCAAUAUAUAUAAUUGCUGUAUUUUAUUUUUUAAUCAAUAUUUUCAAUAAGUAAUAUAUCAUCUAUUAUAUAUUAAUCAAUAAGUAAUAUAUCAUCUAUUAUUUCACUCAGUAUAAGACUAUAUUAUUAAUAUUUGUCAUUAUAUUGUAUGAAUAUUAAUAUUUUUUAAAAUGAUUACUAUGUAAAUUUUCAAAUAUAUAUCAAUAUAUGAUAUAUUAUUGGUAUAUAAUUUUAGAUCAUGACAUCAGUGAAAGUUCAUGGUGGAAUUGACAUUUUGAGACUUCCUGUUAAUCAAGAAGAACAUGUAUUUCAUCCGUGGCAUAUUAAAUACACACAAUCGCAUAUACUUCAUUCUAAAUGUUCCAAAAGUGAAAAUGGUUGUGGCAAUAAGGAUGUUCAUGCCUGCCAAUUUUGCAUUUUCAGCCACACUUUAGAAUUGCCACACAUGCCGGAUAUGGUAUUCCCAAAUAAUAUAUUAACUUUAAAACACCAGGAUGGAGCAUUCAUACAAUUUAAUGCUUUAGAUGCUUUAAAAACUGUAUCAAAUGGAAAAAUUAACGUUCAGUUAGCGUGUGCAGAAGCUUGGAAAGAAUCCAGAUCAGAAAGCAGCGAAUAUUUAGAAGAAAAAGUAAAACCGUUUGAUUGGACAUUCACCACCACUUAUACUGGAACAAUAUCCAAUUUUGAGAUUCAAGAAACUAAUGAACGGAUUGAUGUUGAUAAAUUAAAGAGAAGGGAAAAAAUUCUUUUCUACCAUGAUUUAACAUUGUUUGAAGAUGAACUUCAUGACAAUGGCAUUGCAGUUUGUUCUGUAAAAAUUCGUGUUAUGCCGAGUAGUUUUUUCAUUUUAUUAAGAUACUUCCUGAGGAUUGAUGGUGUAAUGUUGAGGAUAAAUGAUACACGAUUAUAUCAUGAAUUUGGUCAAGAUUACAUAUUGAGAGAAUACACAUCGCGAGAAGCCAAGGUUGAAGAAAUACGUGCUCCACCAUCAUUGUUUGUUGAACCAAGCGAAAUAGCAUCAUAUUUGCCUUUAACUAGAUGUCACAAUCAUAAACUGAUAAUGAUGUCAAAUAAAACAGAAUCAAUCACGAACGAUGAAUUAACCAAUGAAAUAGUAACUGAUAAUGAAGCGGCUAGUGCAAAUAUAAGUGAAACAAACAGUUCUGUUACUUAAAAUCUACAGUUAUAUGUAAAUAUAUCACUGUCUAAAAUAACUAAGAAUCGUACAUUUAUUGAAAAAAGAAAAUCCUUAUAUUUUCAAUAUAACAUAACAAUAUAGAAUCGGCGUUAAAUCUUUCAUUGUGUGAAAUCUUCAUUCAAUUAAUAAUUCACAAUUUCUAAAUUUGAUAUAUAAUGCUCAAUAUAUGAAUAAUGCAUCUACAACAAUGUUUCAAUAAUACAUGUAUCUAAUAUCACAAUUCUGCUUUACCUCAUUAUUUAAAAAUUUUAUAGAAAAUGUCACAUCUUAUAUAAAAAUUCAUUAAUAAAUUCAUUUUAAUUUCUAUGUUUUGAAAGAAAAAGUUGAUUCAUUCAAAUUUUUAUCAUAUCUUCGAACAAUUAUACAAAUAACUUUAUUUAUAAAAAAAAUUUAAUUUUGCAUUAAAUAUUUUGUUUUUGAUUUUUUCUAUACAUAAAAUCAAAUAUACUGUAUCUAUUGCACGUCUUAUUAUUGUCUAUUAUUUAAUAUUGCGGACUCUGUAUGUUUAUAAUGCAUCUAUACCUAAUAAAUAUAAUAUUUUAUGAUACUUUUAUAUCAAAGUUUUAACAAAAAUUUAGACAAACUCAUCAUACACCAUGUAAUGUUCUUAUUUUAUUAUAUUAGGUAUUUACAUUAACGCAUAUUGAAAUAAAAGGUCUGGCAGGAACAGGUUUGUUACCAAUAGAAAAACAUUCGAAAGAUUCUUUAUUUUAA